AUGAGCUCUUUUACGGGAAAAUUCCGGGAGUAUCCUGCAAUCUCUGCAGACAAUUUUGAGAAAGAGAAUCUUGAUAGUGUGGCAUUUUUUCUUUCUCAUUGUCACAAAGGUAUAAAGCUUAUUCGUCUUUACUAAAAUAAAUGCACCGGUAAAGAUUUCCGCACAUUGUACAGUUUGCGUGCUGCAUCAUUAGUAACCUUAAAUGGGGGCCUGUACGGAAAUCUUUACCCUUGGGGCACAGAUUGUGUGAAACAAACAAACAAACAAGCAGAAAUUGACAAACCUCGUAGGGAGACGUUAUUGUCUACUACUUUAAUUUGUUUCUUUUAUUUUGCAUAAUCUGUGUUCUUACAUAAAGUAUUUUUUGCUUGCAUGUCCUUAUCUUCACUGUGAUUGGUCAAUACACAAUCAACAUUCCCGAAAAUUUUCAGAUGUUCAUGGUUUUCUGAGUUUGACAGUAAGAUCUCACCAAAUAUGACAUUUAUGUGGUUCUGUAUAAACAUUGGAAAGUAGGUGAAAAGGAUUGUGGUGAAAUUAUGGCAAAGUUUUCUUGUUUGUAUUUCACUCAGAUCAUAUGUCUGGAUUGGAUUCUUCGGCUUUCCAUGACAGACUGAUGACAAGGUAAGAGAAAUCUUAGUGGAUGGUGAUUUUCCAUCUGCAAGGUGUAGAUAUUAGAUUUGAAAAUAAUGCAAUGCAGUUUGUUGUUUUGGAUAACUAGUAACUUUUGAUUAAAGCAUUUUCCACUUUCCUGUGGAAGAAAAUUGAAAUAUGUUCCGAUAUCUUGCAUCUUUAAAAAGUCAUUGGAUUUGUGCUCAGGCCAAAAAUAUUUGCUUUCUUUGUUCACCAAGGUAACUUACAUACUGAAGGUCCUCUAGGAUCAUAACCCAUCAACAUUUUAAAGUAAAUUAAAAAUGUAAUUUAAAUUUCUGUUAAAGUAACAUCUCAAACUGUAAAUAACAAAAUACUUUAUUUUAAUGUUAAAUAUUCUUUUUCUCUCACCAGCAAAACUGUGUUUGUUUAUUGUUCUGAAACAACCCAAAAUCUGUUAAUGUGCAACCCAGCAUACAGUCACCUGAAGGAUUAUAUUGUUAGUAAAAUAAUAUUUCAUCGUCCUUUCUUUCCCAUGGAAUGAGCAUUAUAAUAGGCGUGAAUAGUCAGGAGUCGUGUCAUGUCAUGUCAUAAUUCCAGUGACUGGAUCAAAGUCAGUCAGAUUCAAUUUCCAUCAUUGACAGACAAUUUAGGCAGCCUUCUGUUUUUUAAGUUGUUUGGCAAACUUUGUUUCUUACAUAGUAAACUUGUUUGUUUGGAGUAAGUCAUUUGUAUUUUUUAUGACCAGACUGUCCUGUAUACAGCACAAGUAUAUACAUGUAGCACUGUUUAUAGCGGAAAGAGCACUUAGCUUACCUAGCUAGUUUACAGGCACACCGCUCAAAUAAUUCUCAAAUAAAUAAUCCAAAUAAAGCAUAAAAGUUAACUGAGGGUUUGAACUCAUUACGACCGGGAACAAAUCCAGCAAGUGGCAGAGCAGCACACAAACCCAGGAAUGCCGGAUUGUGGGUCCUACAUGCUGACCACUCAGCCAGUCUCUGCCUCCUUGUUUUAUAAUAUUGGCUGAACAAUAACAAAAUAUCAUCUUUUUUUUCUCUAAAUGUAGCGUAGUAUACCUUUGGAGCAACAGACCAUUAUUCCACUCUUUGAUGAGAAGACUGAAGAGGUGUGUUAAGACUUCUGGUCAUUUUUAAAUUCUGUUAUGUAUUAUAAUGUUUGAUUUUUUUGUGUGUUUGAUUAUAAUUUCCACAGCAAAAUUCAAUUUGUGUAACACUCCUCCCUGCUGGUCAUUGUGUUGGUUCCGUCAUGUAAGUAUUCUAUAACAGUAUUUAUGUGUGACUGUAAAUGUAACUCAGGGAAGGUUAAACAUAAGCAUUAAGGUAAUGCUGGCCAGCAGUCUCCUUUGCUAUUUGUAUAUGGGGUGGUCGUAGGGCGUCACAAGGGCCAUGCUCCCAUUUAAGUCAAAUCAUUUUCCUCAUGUUGCCCUUCCCUAGCAGUUGGUAAAGCCCCCCCACCCCCUCCCAGCCUUCCCAUCCCUCUGUCACUGUACACUGUAAAAGUGCCUGAUAGUUGACCUUCACUCUGUUGUUAUGGUUACUGCCUUCUUGCAUCUCCUUUAACUUGUUUGGGCAUCUUAUCCACAUCUAUCUAUUUCUAUUAGUGAUUUGUCUCAAAGAACGUUGUAAUAAAUUCAAACCUUGGUUAUCUGGAUAAUGAUACCAAUAAUAGGUAAUUACUCUUGAUGAAGUUAUGUUGCCAUGGAAAUUUGGCUGAAAAGCAGCACAUGUGUUAAAAGUGACAAACGGCGUUUAAUUGAAUUAUGAUUGGCUUAGAGCUGUUUCCUUGCUAAUUGCAUAGUGCCUGACAUGAAUCUCUAAUGCAUUAAAACGAGAUGCAACUGGUGAGUUAAAUUACAUGUUGAGGAGGUACUGUUUAACUUUAUUGUCUGGAUUUGUCUUUGAUUAUGAUGUCCAUAGGUUCUUAUUUGAAGGCCAACAUGGGAGCGUCCUUUACACAGGUAAGAGAGGUUGAGAAAAAGAGUCUGCAGUUACCAGCUCUCUCUAGGACAGAUACCAUUGUUUGGAAGAUACUGCAUGUAGCUUUCCAUCUAAGAAAGAUUUCCGCCUUAUAGAGAGUCGAUUGCAACGGCUGAAGAACUACUGGAAAUUGCGGUCGUUUCGCCCGAAGGGGGCCGCUAGGACUUCAGACGAUUCGCCCGAAGAUAUGCAACACCCUUCAACAUGGUGAACCUUGGGUUUCACAUGUGCAGUCAUUGUCUUUCCAUGCUUAUUCCUUUUCCUCAGGCUUAAAGAACAACAAAUACACAUCGGACGAAUCGACUUAGUCUGGGCGAACUGCCAUCGGGUGAAACGAUCUGAUACCGCUACUGGGAUCAAUACUCCAUGUCCCCUUUAGGGAGUUGUCCGCCAUAAAGGCAGAUAGAGACACCUGUAGGGACAUAGAAAAACGACUUUUGAACGGCAGGGAGCUACCGUUUUCGAGUUGUCCAUUUGACGUCUGUUAGAAGAGAGUUAGUUGACUGUGCAUGUGAUAAUGACGCAUGGAGGGGAAAAGCAUUGAACUAACAGGAUCAACUUCUUACGAACCGCGAAAAACAAACAAACAGCAUCAUCAGUUAUUGUGAUGGAGACAAAUAAAUGGUAGUUAGAUAGACAGGAAAUGUUGAAAGAGUCCUUGGAAAAAUUAGACAAAGACGUCAUGAAUUUAUUCACGUACUCAUUAAACUUUAUACAGCCUUCUUUCGAGUUUGUGUCGCAAGAUCAAGGCUUUAAACAGAAAAAUAAAAAAUUGCCAAACUCGCACCAGAACAAACGAAAAACAGGCAACAUGUGAGUUAUUCUACAGGUUAUGGUUCAGGAAGAAGACGAGUUACUCAGCUCAUAUUCCUUUGCUUUGGUUAUUUACAGGUGACUUUCGUUUAGCAAAAGGUGAUGUGAAGAGGAUAUCCUUUUUUCAUGUUAAUGGCAGGUUUGUUCGUUACCUAAACCCCUUUUUUUGCCACUGAGAUACGAAGCUGUGUAAUACACCACGUUAUCCCAAAUGUUCAUUGGUUUGGGAUGCAAGUAUGUCAAGUAUUUAUUCAAACGAAGAUCAUUUCUAAUUUUAUCGUAUUAAAUUUAACUACGGAUUGGAAAAAGGCUUUGUCUCAGGUUAUCUUGUAGUUGGUUUGAAAGUCAAGAACUUGCCUUUUAAUUUGGAGUUUCAGCCAUGCACAGAAUUGAAUCCGGCAUGAGUGACCGUUCGAGUGGUGACAUAUCACCUUAAUUUUUGCCCCCUCGGUUAUUUCACAAAAUAUGUUUCGGGAUGAUAAAAAUGUUAUUGUAGAACAUUGUUUUUCUUAUAAACAUGCCUGCAACAAUUUAUUGAACUUUGAUGUUUACUUUCAAUUUCAGUAUAAAGGAUAUCAAGAGCAUCUACAUUGACACAACAUUUUGCCUGCCAAAGAUGAAGUCACUUCCCAGUCGGGUUUGUAUGUGUGUUUGCUUUAUCACACACAUUUAACUGAACGGGGCUUUGAAUUUCCUAAGCUGAUCACGGGUGACAGUUUAUAAAGUUUAUUUCCUUUUUUNUUCAGUAUAAAGGAUAUCAAGAGCAUCUACAUUGACACAACAUUUUGCCUGCCAAAGAUGAAGUCACUUCCCAGUCGGGUUUGUAUGUGUGUUUGCUUUAUCACACACAUUUAACUGAACGGGGCUUUGAAUUUCCUAAGCUGAUCACGGGUGACAGUUUAUAAAGUUUAUUUCCUUUUUUUGUGUGUCUCUAGGAACAAAGCCGAGAUGCUAUCAUUGAACUGAUAGAUAGGUGAGUGAGCUGGCACUGUUUACAGACAUUUCGCCACUAACCAAGUCGCUACCAAGAACGGACGACUCGCUACCAACGAAUGACUGAAAUGAUUGACACAGUUAAAUACCUAGGAUUGCGUUGCAGUUUCUCAGAAACAUGAUCCCCAAGAGACGGUUAAGAAAAAAUUUAUGUUCUUGAAAGUUAUGUAUACUUGGGACUUUUUAAAACAGUGAAGCGUUCUAUUCUUGGCGACGAGGUGACGGCGGCCAUAUCGCAGGCACUGAUCCUUUAGUUAUCCAUCUUGUACGGUCCUGAAUAUAGUUACUUCGGAAAGGAUAUUUCACUUUUGAGCCAGGGAAUAAAGUAAACGGCACCUGAACUUUACUUGCCCAGACCCUAUUUCUCUGAUUUUAAUAAGUUGAACCUCGCUCGAUUUCACAUUUAAGCUCAACACUUUAUAUCUUGUCUCUGUUUUAUUUACGCGAGAAAAAUUUAGGUGCCUGUACACGCUCGUAAAAUUACGCGACAGUGGAAAUCCACCCUUAGGAAUAAAAAUAUCUUGGUUGUUGAAAAAAUAUGUAUACAGAAUUGGUGCACAUUUUGUACUUCAUACUAAAGAGCAUGCACCAAAAAGUGGAUUAUUUCGGUCCCUUCCUUACUACUAUGCUACUGUACAAGACUAGUACCAAGUGAAGUAGCUAUUUAUGUGAUUUCCAGACUGGUGGUGGAUUGGGGUGCUCAAGGGGACAUGGGAUGGGACAUGACGUCACUGAUUUUUCCCGCUUCCCUUCCGAUGUGUUCCCGGGCGAUUCUCCCGCACAAAAACUCAAAGUCUUUUCGGUACAAACUCAAGCAGUGAAAUUGAAGUAAACUGCACAAAAAAUACGAUCACUUAAAUAAUAGUCUGCGCGUGAACAAGAAAACCAUUUUGGGUGAAUAUUCUUCGAUCUUUUAGCGAAGCACAUGGAACCAUCUACACCUCGGCCGAAUAAACUUGUAUCGAAGCGACAUAGUACAAGUCUGCCUCUAUACCUGGGGAGUUUGUCAAAUAUACCUGUAAACCUCUUCAUAGGUGGUUUUCACGUGGUCCAGAACAUGUCGUGAGCCUACUAUGCAAAGGAAUGUACGGAUAUGAGUAUCUACUCAAAGAGGUAGCCAUGAAGUAUAAAAUGAAGGUUAGUUUCUUACAGAGCUUCUUGCUUCUUAAAGUCCCACUUGCUGCUUGGCUAGUAUGGUAAAAAAAUUACUAAAACAGACAGUUUUUUUGGUUGAAGGUGUCAACUGCGUCAUUAAGGCAAACUGGCCGCCUGUAAGGGAUUCUUAAGCUGAUUCGCCGAAGGCUUGUUCUUUGUCAGCGCAAAUUGAUUAAGCGUGUCUGGCCACUGGAACUGGAACCGAAAUGAGUCCCGCAAGGGUUUCUGGGAUGGUUACGGGUGACGCAUCGGUCAGCUAUUGGCCAAUUUUUUUUCUCUGUCCCUCGUGACAGUCCCAGAAGUCUUUGCAGGAGUCAACUCGGUCCAGUUUCCGUUAGACUGUUAGCAGACUCCUUCUAGUUGUCCCAAUAGUUACCGAAGUAGCGCGCGUAACAUACCCGCGAAAGGCGAAUGGGGCGACGCGCGUAACACACCCCGCGUUGUUUUGCGGACGUGCUUGCUGGGAUAACAACUUGACGGAUUUCAAUUAUCGCUAGAUCCACGUAAGUGCUGAAAGACUGGCCAUGUACAGGUAUCUUCCAGACAUGACACCUUACUUCACCACUGAAGGCCGAUCCACUAGGAUUCACGCCUGCAGUUGGCAGGUUGGUAGUUUCUGUUAAUAGUUAUACACAUGUUUAUCAGUAUGUCAUGAAAGUUAGGUUCUGGUCAUGUUCACACGUAGCGUGCGAUCUUGCUCUCGCUACAUGUGAUCUCUGUAUGUCUUUCGUGUAAGGCAAAAAUAUUUACGGAAUUUUAUUGAGUAGCGAGGAAAAGGCCAGUCAAGCGUAAGAAAUCAAAACUGCAAACAUUUUUUAGGUUUCCUCGUUUUUCAAGAAAAGAAUUGUUAUUGGUUAGUACUCAAUUCGAAUCAAAGUGUUCACGUUUUUUUCACCCCUUCUUCCCCCGUCCCCCCUCCCGCACCCAUUCAUUUUAUAUCCCUUGUGUGGGCACUCAUCAUGGGUCUAAGUGUCCUGUUCGUGUCUUUCCCUUUUGGGUAUUAGUCCAUUCUUUACCUUUUUUACCACUUUUUUGUAUCAUGUAUGUAUAUUUCAUUUAGUUUAAUCGCGCCCAAUGAAUAACGUAUGGAAUAUCAAAUAUGGAAUAACACCUGUUAGGUACUAUGAUUUUUGUAGUCUAAGCGACACUGUGAAUCAGAUCUCCCCUGUGGAGUAACAACACAGCCUUCCCUUAAGAUGAAAGUGCUACGAAUAAAGCCAACAACCAUGUGGAUUGCACGUGACAAAGGACCAAUGCCAGCUGACUUCAAAAGGUGAAAUUGAAAAUUCUACGCAGAGCAUUGCAAACUUGAUCCAGUUUCCGUGCAACCUACAAUUGGCCAAGGAAGUUAGCGUCACGGAGUUUUGUGUUAUUUUUCGCGCGUGACAUUUUUUGACCUUAGAUGUAGCCGAUCACGUUUCGAACACGUGAUCAUGUGACACUUUGAACGGAGUAGUUUUUCGAUUUAGAGAAUUGUAAUUUUGUUGAAGGCACGUGUAUCGGUUUAGAAGCCCGUUACUUUUGUGGAACCCUAUCGUUUUUGGCAAGUGUAUCGGAAUAGAAGCCCGUUACUGUAGAGAUCUAUUGGUUUCGAAUAAAAUCUAUCAUAGUUAGCGAUGGCUUGCGCUUGCAAAUUUAGAAUUGCCAGUGAUCAGGGACCUUAAGAUACACCGUUCAUGUCAGCCUGUGGGUACCAAUAUGGGAACAUAAUUCCCACGUAUUUACAGCUAUUUCGAGAAAGGUUGUCGGAAAAAGUGCACGCGACAAUCCCGAAAUGUAUUGUGGGUGGUUUUGAGUUCACUGUUCUUCAUAGAAAUUUUGAAAGAAUGGCACGAGAGGCCAUGGACUAUGUUUUCGAGUGUUAAAGCGAAGCAGCAAAGGUAGGUUCGACAGCUACAGUCGUCAGAAACAGUGUAGUGAUCAUAUCCCAUAUUGCCUUUCAGGAUUGUCGCGUGCACUUUUUUCCGACAACCUUUCUCGAAAUAGCUGUAUAUUAAAAGGGGACAAUGUUUACCCAUUAAAUGUCGUAUUUGGAUGAUCACUUUAGCCGGUCUUGUCGUUUCUUCUGGGAAACAAGUAAUCUACCCUUAUUUACGGCUAUCAGUACGGGUCAGAGUUUUAGUUACCCGUACGUGUACACGAAAACCGUCUUUAAUACCCUCCACCCUGCUGUAACUUCUAUGUUUGAAGAGUAAUUUCUUUGUCCCUACAGAUAUGACAAGGGCAAAAGACUGUGGAGGGUAGUUCAUUCGAUGCAUGCUUCAAUGGAAGAGGUAUACAUACGCUUUUGUACCUGCCUAUUUUUUUCUCCGUCCUUUGUUUUACCAGAACUAAUAAACAUGAACCAACAUGGGCAAACAAAUGUUUUCGUAUCAUGCAAUAGAUCUCUUACGCGAUAUUCCUCAGCACCUGAAAGACCUCAUUUUCCUUUUCCAAAGAAAUAAAACGUUAUUUGCUGUCAGAACAAUCCCUGAAAGUAACCUGAAUAGAAAUUUCAUUAUUAACUAUAACUUAAUUAUGCUGUUAGUUCUUCUCCCCUUGUCUCUCUCUUUUUUUUUACUAAACGAAUUGUAUUAGGGGCUAACUUGAAAACCUCACUGUUCCUUUAGCCUCUAGGCUCCAAAUAAUUAAUUACUAUUCCCUGUUAUCCCAUUGUAAAUUUGUAAUGUAUAUAACCUUUUUCUUGUAAUAAUUCAAAGUGUCUAUUUUUCCCAGAUACAGGAUCUAGUAGGUUACCUUAAACCCUACCAUGUCUAUCCCAAUGUACCACCAGCGGGACUGGAAACAUUGGAGGACGCCUUUGAAAGGUACAAUACCCUGGCAAAUGACCUGGAUUAAAAACCUUAGCAAUUCCUGGGGGAAGAAGCAAAACUUGCCUUUUUUAAUUUAGCACUUGAACGUGUCUCUUGAUGUAAAGGUAAAGAGUCCUUAUUUUACGUCGGUAGCUCGAAAUAGUCAUCUGACUAACAAACCUGAGGCCAAUGGUGAGCACAAAAACAUGUUUAUCGUGUGACGCGGGAUGAGGAGAAAGAAUAAUCUGUGUCUCAGAUAGCAGUCAAACUGAACCCACUAUACUAGGUGUCGCUCUGGCGAUGAACUGCAGAGGGACCGAUGGCUAGUGGAGCCAUUUACUAGGUGUGCCAUGCGUUCCGCUAGGAUAAGGAAAAUCAAAAGCGACCGUUAUGGUGAUGGAUGUUUUCUGCAGUUUUUCAUUUUCCCUUUUUGUUUUCCCAUACACUUAAAAACAGCUAACAGCCUCAAAAGUAAACCAGAUUUGUAGAUUCAUGCAAGAUUCUGAUCUAGUUUGCUCCAUCUUUUAAUAUUCAACAGACUCAGGGCACUCACUCGCCUUCAUGAGUGCGACUCUUGCAACCAAGAUGAAUCAGGCGAAGAACGCUUUCAUGAAAAGGCUGCUUGUCACGACGCCGAGGAAAAGAAAAAACGUGAAAAGACAGAAGGGUCAAUAAAACUGUUGCAGGUCACUAAACAAGUCCCUGACGAGAGAGGUAAGUGAUUUUCCAAAUAAGAAAACUGGCGAGAAAACCAGGAAUUUCUCUGGGAAUUUUGAGAUCUUCGAUCUUCUGAUUCGAAUUGAGGUUUAGAACCCGAGGAUAGCAAGGAAGGACUAAAGAACUUCAACUAACUUCGUUCCCAGGGGACCAAAAGACUUAAAACCUCAGAAACGAGGUUGGACUUAAACUUCCGGUCCUGUAUGCCAAGACUUUCUGUAGUGUCGGAUUUUGAAUGAGGAAGAUUUUCUUUGGUACAGAUUCCACAGAAUCCGGUAACAUUUUUUAAUGGUAUAAAGUUUCACGUUAGUUGCGUUCGACCAAAAGAGAACGCAACCUGAUACUGUCUUAACUUCAAUGUUGAAUAUCGAUGCCAGGUGGCCUCCCCCAAAAAACAUUUGCAGAGGCAGCUUCGAUCAUGUGCCACUAUCGCCUUGGAACGAGUUUUUAAACGAGCCGAUGGGGAUCGAGAUCGAGUCAGUGUUGUUUUGCGAACGUUUACUGGCCCCAUAACUUCCCAGGUUAAGUUUUAGGUAUCUCUACAGUGUUGAUUUCUGUUAUGUUGUUUAGAAAAUUUGGGGAUGCUAGAAGAAAUAACUUCCAAGGUUAAGUUUUAGGUAUCUCUACAGUGUUGAUUUCUGUUAUGUUGUUUAGAAAAUUUGGGGAUGCUAGAAGAAAUAGACAUAAAAUUCUAUUCCAUCAGCACCAAGUGGAGUGAAUUUCAUAAUCUAAGGUUAAUCAAAGAUGAGGACUAGCAACUGUUCCCAGCUGCCAUAUGGCUGUGCUCUUUCGUGCGAUAUAUAGUUUAUGUAGUGGGUUCCCUACGCCACAUGUUUUUGGUAAUAGUAUCUGCCUCAGAAUAAUUAACAUAACUAAUCAUACAAAUAUCCUUUCUUUUCAAUUUACAGUUCUUGAACAGUGCAAAGAACUUGGAAUUGACGAGGAUGAGAACAUUGCACCAGUUCGAAAAAGACGUAAAGCCAAAGCAACCAACGUAAUUUUAGAGGAGAAGGCAUCCACACCGUUACGACAAGCAACAGAGUCUGUAUUCAGUAUAGAUUGCACAGAAUUGCCAGGUGUUUGCAGCAGUAUGCCGGUGAGGUCAACGAAUAAUCUGGCUACGAUGAAGGGUGAUCAAAUUGACAGCAGCAAAGUCCGGGACGGUGUGACUGAAAGAAGUCCUAUUUUUCGUGACACGACUACGGGAUACCUUGAGUCAAGCAACACGUGUGACUCAGUGCCACUCCCUCUGUUGCGUGACAACUGCAAAGAACGUUGUGAUAACGAUGGGGAUAGCCAAAAACAACGUACACAGUUGGAUGAGGCGGCAUUAAACAAGUGUAGAACUGUGAUGAGGGAAGAUGAUCAGGACAAUAUCAUCCAAGAUAUGACUAGUGAAGAAUGGAAAUUUGCUGCCCAGUCAAAAGCUAAAGCACCUGACUCAGAAAGCUUCAGGAACGAGGUUGAACGCACGAUGGAAGGAAAGAAUAGUGGUCUCUCUGAAAAUAAUGAUGAUAAUUCUACUGAUCUAAAUGCAAGUCAGCCGAGAAAAGAACUUCGUAAAAAAUCUAAUCCGGACAGCGUUGAUGAAAUACCAAAACAGACAAUAAGUGUCUUAGCGGAAAGUUUUAUUAUUGACAAAAAUACC